GAGAGAACCGCGACGCUGCAUCUGUCCCACGUAUUGAUUAACCCUCCGAUCCCCCCUUCAUCUUUUUGGCAGCCAAAACUUUUGUUCGAUCUUAUCGAGCAAUAUAUGUCAAGCAAAGCCAAAUCUUAGGAUGUGGCUGGAGAAAGGGAGCAAGUCGGUCGCCUACACCACUGCGCCGGAGGAGGGCUCCUUGCCCUCCACCAAGGGCGGAACCACUCAAGAUGGCCGCGAUAUGUGGCGUGUGGGACGUGACCAGGAGUUGAAUCGCAAUUUUCGAUUCCUCUCGGUGCUGGGUUUCAGCGCCGUGCUGAUGUGCACCUGGGAGGCUGUGUUAUUCGGUGCCUCAUACGGCCUGACGGAUGGAGGAAAAGGUGGAAUGAUCUACACCUACCUCGGUGUCCUCUGCGGAUUCAGUUUCGUAAUUCUCUCCAUGGCGGAGAUGGCAUCCAUGGCCCCUACCUCCGGCGGCCAAUACCACUGGGUAUCCGAAUUUGCCCCGCCCAGUUGCCAGUGUUUAUUGAGUUAUAUCACAGGCUGGGUAUGCGUGCUCGGAUGGCAUACGGGCAUCGCUGGUUGCAGCUACACUGUAGCAAACAUGCUAGUCGGUCUCUUGGCAAUCAACUACCCAGAUUCCUAUGACUAUAAGCCGUGGCACGUUACGUUAUUGGUCAUUGCAGUAGCGUUGGCUGCACUGCUCUUCAACACGCUGCUGGCACAGAAGCUGCCGCUGAUUGAAGGGAUAAUUUUGAUUGUUCACUGCUUUGGCUUCUUUGGUAUCCUGAUUCCGCUGUGGGUGCUGUCUCCGUCGGUGCCACCAUCAGAUGUCUUUGGCUCUAUCGUCGACCGUGGAGGAUGGGGCAGCAACGGUCUAUCCUGCUUGGUCGGGGUGGUUGGGCCAGUUUAUGCUUUGAUCGGUCCGGACUCGGCUGUGCACAUGUCCGAGGAGAUCCGUGAUGCGUCGCGCGUAUUGCCCCUAGGCAUGGUUUGGACGCUGAUUCUGAAUGGUGCCACCGGGUUCGUCAUGAUUGUUACUUUCGCCUUUUGCGUGGGAGACAUCGACAAGGUCAUGGCCUCAACCACCGGUUUUGCCUUUAUCCAGGUGUUCCUGAACUCGACUGGCUCGGUGCCCGCAGCAACGGGAAUGACAGUGGUCAUCAUGAUAAUGCAGUUCUGUGCCACGAUCAGCAAUGUGGCCACUACAUCUCGACAAAUCUAUUCUUUUGCUCGUGAUCAAGGCGUUCCAUUCUCUAGCUUCUUUUCUCAGGUCAACAAGACAUUCACCGUACCAUUAAACGCGCUCUGCGUCAGCUUGGUGAUUGUCUCCCUUCUAUCCUUAAUCAACAUUGGAUCUUCCGUGGCCUUCAAUGCCAUCAUGUCGUUAGGAACGGCCGCCCUGUUGUCAUCGUACCUUAUCUCCAUCAGUUGCGUGCGGCUGCGACGGUGGCGUAAACAGCCUCUCCCACCCGCGCGCUGGAGUAUGGGUCGGUUUACUCCGUUCGUUGAUACGGUGUCUCUGCUGGUGCUGAUAGUCGUCUUCGUCUUUACCUUCUUUCCCCUGACAAACGAUACUGCACCGUCCGAAUUUAACUGGGCCAUUGUCAUUUUUGGCGCCGUCGUGGUGUUUGCCUUGGUGUAUUAUGCUCUCUAUGCCCGGAAGGUGUACAAGGGGCCGGUGACGCGGGUGCGGGUGGCACAAUAAUGGGUAUGCAGACAGAGGCGGGUGGACGAUUGAGAGACAAGAGGGUGUAAAUGGUACCAACUAAAACCAAAAGUAGAUGAACUUUGUGCAAAUGGCCGUUACAACCGAAGUGAAGAGCUUGGCACCUUAGCCACU